GACCUAUUGCACCAUUGGAAGAUAGCUGUUGGUUAAUUACUUAAGACAAAGUUCCAAUGCUGUACUGACUUUAAUUGUGCUAGAUUUAUAAAACUGUUUUCUAAAGCUUAUAGAUAACAUUAGCUUGAAAAAAAAUUUGAAAAUCAAAAAUGGCUGAAGCUGAUUGGAAUGAUGUUACCUACAUAGGACACAGACCCGGAAAGGCAAGCCAGUUGAGGUCCAAGCAGGUAGAUCUAAAAUCUACUCAUCUGGCAUCAUUAAUAAGUUUUAAAUAUUUAACCUUACAAAACUGUCAAUACAAAUAUUGUUUACUUUUUCUUUAAAAAAGGAUCAUAUCCUGUAUGGCUUUGAAAAUGGUUUCAAUUUAUUAAUUUGGACACUGACUAAUACAAAAAGUGGCUAAUGCAGAGAAUUUGUGCCAUUGCCAUUAUUAAUUAGGCUUAGGGCCUGAGGGUGUUCAAGUUAGGUUUAGGGAUAAAUUUAGUUUAGGGUUCAGAUUAGGUUUAGUGACAGUGAAUUAUAAAAGUUCACGGGUCGUGGCAACCAAAAUGGCAUCUGUGUGAGUGUGAUACAUCAUGGCACCAAUUGUCUGCAUUUACCCAAAAAGUAAGAAUAAGAGUAAUAAGACUCAAUAUAAGAGUACUAAACUUAAACAAAGUAAGAGCCAAUACUCGGUCCUCAGAUUGUUAUACAAACACUGUUCUAUUAACUAAUCUUGAUUAAAUUUACGCCUACAACCGGGGUUGGGGAAGGCGUGCAGACUGAAAAUGAACCCCCCAUUCACCGAACUUAGACAAAAUGCAACAUACAAAACCCCCCCACUGCUGUAAUCAAAAGAGUUUUCACCUAGCAUGGUAACCAUGAUUAGCAUGCCAGGCAGUCUCGAGAACAGCAUUGUUUCUGUGUGAAUAUUACUGUGGUUAAAGAAUAUGUUAGCGGUAUUGGUUUUUCCAAGAGUUGUCUCCCCCUAUCAGCACAGUGAAAUCACAUUGCAUUGAUGAAUCCCAACACUCGACUUAGCGUGACAACAGUUGGACCUGAAUCAGUGUGCAUGAUAACUUUUCCAUUCUUCACAAAGCAUUGGUCACUUCAUAAAUUAAAUCUGGCUAUCCACAAAGUUUGUAUUCAAAGACUAAAAUUAAAUUUUGGGGUCAAUUGGUUCAACUUGCGCUUUUGUAGUCUCCUAAGUUUAUUUUACUGAGUGAGCUCCUCUUUCUUUAUUCCUGCAUAGUUACUAAAGUUAACUUUUUUUUUCUUAAUAUAUAUAGUACUACACAGAUGGAAUGCUUAGUAAAAGUCUCGUUUAUUUUUUUGAAUUUCUAUUCAUAUUUAUGGCAUUUAAAGAGGUGGAAUGUAAAAUUUUAUAGUAUUUUUUUUAAAAUGUGGAUAAAAUGAUAGUACUAAUGAGAUUCUCUUUAAAUAUAUGGAUUAAUAAAAUGAGUGAUGGACCUAGGUGAAAAAAUACCAUUACAUAAUUGUUACCCGCUCAGUCACAUGUGGUGCUCCAGUGCGCGACGAGCACAGAAAGAUUUGAAUUUUUUUUUUCCUUUUUCAUCUCUCGGUUUUGCAAAUAGACGCUGAAUUAACCCCUCAUUUUUGGCGUAUUAAUACUGGUCUUAUUUCAAGUUGGUAUGAAUGCCCUAGAUGUAAAAGAUAUCUGAAUUUGUGUGCAAAGUUAGUCAUUUUGGAAGGAUUUGGAUGGAGAUGUUGUGACAAAAGUCAUGGUACUAUUAGGUGUAUUUAAUAAAGGGGGUCUUGGUUUAGUGAAAGUAAUUUGAUGCUAGUUGACAUUCUUUUAUUGACACAGUUUUGGAGUAAAAACUGUCUUUCCAUCCAAAAUAUUGUAGGUGUUCGUGACCGAGUUAGCUUUUGUUGCCAGGUCUGCUUGGAAGCUUGAAGAAUGAACCAAGCUGAAAGCUCAGGGUACCAAAAUUUAAUUAAUUUAGCCAACUUUGGUAUUACUGUCAGUAAGUGUUCAUCUUAUAAAGUUUAACAUUUUCAAGCGCAGCAUUUGGAGAAUAGAUGAAUAAAUUAUGGUGUAUAACUGGUACACUAAGAAACUGUGCAGUUAUGGAUUAUUGUGAAUGAAAUUUUUGGAAAAGCUAUAUUAAUAAUAAUUUAUCAGUUCAGGAACCAAAUACCAUAGAGUUAGACGCUAGAUCUAAAUCUAGUUCUAGCAAUAUAUAUAUAGAAAUGUUCUGGAACUGUAUAUUUUCUAUUCAUUUUUUGAAAAUCCUUAUUGUGGAUACUAGGUGAUUUGAAUUUCUGCAUUUAAUUACCGUAUUUUCCGGCGUAUGAGACGACCGGGCAUAUAAGACGACCCCCUACUUUUCCUGUUAAAAUCUAGGGUUUGGGGUGUAUACCAGCUCAUAUGACGAUCUCCUGCAUAUAAGACGACCCCCGACUCUUGAAAAGAUUUUAAUGGGUUGAAAAUUCGUCUUAUACGCCAGAAAAUAUGGUAUAGCUGGUGAUGUUUGCUCUCUUUUAAUUUUGGUGUUCAAUUUUAGGCAGUUAAUUCAGCUUUGAGAACAGGGGUUGAUGUGGAGACUAACAAAAAGUGUAAGCAUUUAAAUAUAAAAUACAAAUUUAAAAUGUCAAAGUUAACUUUUGAUUUAAGUUUAAGUUAAAAAAAAUGUUUUCAAAAAAAUAUCCAUAUUUAUUAAGAUUAAGAGGAAAGGUUGUUUAUUAUUUUUUUUAAAAAUAUUGUUGACAUUAUUCUAAUUCUAUAUUCAAAAUAGUUAAAUUUAAAUAAUUUUAAUAUGCAAUCAAAAGUAUUAAAAAAAGAAAAAUAUCUAUUAAAAAUGCAGUCGCAGGUGGGCAGAACAAGCAGAUGUCAGCCAAUAAGAACACAGCCAAAUUAGAUAGGGAGACAGAGGAACUGCACCAUGAACAUGUGCCUUUAGAUGUUGCUAAACUUAUUCAGCAGGGUCGACAAGCGAAGGGCUGGACCCAGAAAGAGCUAGCCACAGUAAGUGUGAUAUCUCAAUUUUAACCACACUGAGCUUCUUUGACUAUGACCCCUGAUGAAUUAUUAGACAUUGAAAAGAGCUGGCGUGCACACCUGACACUAAGUUUUCAUUUUAAUAAUGCUAAAUUGUUCAAUGUACCAUAUGUUGAUGCACUUUUUAUUUCACAGAAAAUUAAUGAAAAGCAACAAGUGGUUAAUGACUAUGAGGGUGGAAAAGCUAUUCCAAAUCAGCAAGUUAUGGGGAAACUAGAAAGAGUAUUAGGUAAUUACUUAAAAUUUGUUUUUAGAUAAAUUUUUCUUUAUCAAUAAUUCAAAAACAGAUCAGUCAUUUUGAUAUUUACGAUGAUAAAUAGACGAUGAUUUUUUUCAUGGUUAUUCUUUUUUUUUUUAAAGUAUCUUUUACUUUUCGUAGAAUAAUUCUAGGUUAAUUAUUUAAUAAAACUUAUAUAUUUCUGAUUUUAUGCUUUUUUUUUUCUUUUCCUCUAAUUUGUGCUAUUUUGAAAGUAUAUUUUCAAAAGAUGUUCUAUAUUUUUCAGCGAUUAAACUUCGUGGCAGAGACAAAGGUCAGCCGUUAGCUAAAAAAUGAACAUGCAGUCAGAACUUUCGAUACCACCCCCCUCCUCAAAAACUGUAUGAUAUUUGCAUCCUCAUCCAUAAUGGAAUAUCAGUACCAGUCAAUGUCGGGUUCACUUAACCCACAUGCAUACUUCAAGGGCGUGGCUAUCUUUUUGUUUUUAAAAUGCAAAAAAAGGGUUAACUUUAACUUAUUUCAGUAAUGUUUAAAUUUUUACUUCAUUUUUUUAUAAAGAAUGGUAGGUUUCAUUGUAUCUGUGGUACUUCACACAUCACAUACAAGAAUUAUUAUUACUGUGAUGAUAAAAUGCAGCUGAAGUAAAGCUUUGACUUUGUGUUUUACAUUUUCCCAUUUGUUUAUUGGAACCUUUUUUUUUACUCUGGGUAUUUUAUUAACACACUUUAUAAUGCUUUGAUCUUUGAUUCUUAAAGGACAACCCCCAGUAUUUGACAAUUUUAAGACAAAACAAAAUUGAAACAUAAGCUUAAAUAGGAUAUGUCGUCCAUUACGAAAAAAAAUUACUCUUUAAUUAUAAAGUAAAGGUAAAAAUUAUUGGUUAUUUAGCACUUGAUUUUUAAGUUUCAUCGCAGAUGGUGAUUUUUUAUUUAAAGAAUAAUAAAUAGCCACCCAAAGAAUGCAUUUGUUCAAAUACUUGGAGCUUUUGUUAUGUUAAUUUCUAAUUUGGUUUUGGCUAACUCUGCAAGAUAGGUAGCUGUUAACUACAUGUGCUUCAGUUCUGUAUACUGUUUGAAGGAAAAAAUUCACUUUAAGAUAGAUAAACAGGCGGUAAAUAACUAGCUGGAGGUAUUUCGUUUUAUUUUAGCUUUCAUGGCGCAUUUAAAUAUUUGGUAAUCGGAACAAGUCUGUUCAUAAUUUACUCUCCGCUGAUAAAAUAUCCUGACUUGAUUAUAACUAACUAAUGCUAGUAAGCAUUACAUUAGGACAAUUAUCCCAUUUAAAUUGGGAUGAGAACUAACCAAACUGAAAUAUGAAGAAAGAUGUGAGAUUCAAAAAUAAAAUGUUGACUUUGUAUAAUAUUAAAAAAAAAAUAAUAAGUGGGUCUUAAAUAUAAAUAGAAUUUUAUUCGUUCAUGUCGAGAAAAUGCAUCAAGUUAUUACUGGUAGUAGUGUUGACUUGUUUGAAUGUUAAAAACAAAACACAUGGGUGCCUUUUCAGAGUAUGCCACUGUUCACUGUUGAAACAUUUUUCUUGAGCUUUGAGUGUCAUUCUGUUCAAAUGUUCAGAUAAAAAUUGUGUUUAUAAAGUUGUCAAUGUUUACAUCUUGUAUUCCAUGUCAUAUGUUUUACUUAUUUUCUAUUAAAACCACAUGGACAUAACAUUAAGUUGUAAAUAUAUAUAUAUUGAUGAUUAGUUUUAACUGUGAUGCAAGUUAGGCAUGGCUAAUUUUUAAAUAACUGACAUGCAACAAAUAUAUACCGCGAUACCACUUUUAAGUGAAUCUAUGAAAGAGGGAUAAACUGAUUUAGUGAAAAGUCAGAAAAGCAAGAAUACAACUCAUCUGAUGAUUGUGUUAAUUGAAAAGUGAAAAGGGCUUAAAAACUAAGUUUUGAAAGUAUUGAAUAUAUCCUGCGAACAUUUAGAAUCAUUAUCAUAACUUGUGUAUAUUGUUAACAUUCAUCCAUACCUGUGCCAUCAUAGUUGGCUAAUAAUUAGCAUUGUCUUGGGUGUGCUAUUGCAUUAAAUGUGAGGUCUAUAAAAUGCAUGCUUUUGAUCAGUGUCUCCCAGACUUUUUUCUCUGUUAUGAUUACAAAAUAAAUUACAUUUUUUAAUAUAAAAAAUUAUAGUAUUGUCUGCAACCAUUCUUGCUGAAAAUGUGAAGAAAGGUACUGGGAGUCACUGAUUCUGAUGAAUCUUUAAAAUUGGUGCUAAAUCACUGAUGUUUGAAAUAUUGUUAGCAGGAAUCUCAAAGUCAAAUUAGAUUUAUAUAUAGAGUGGGUUGUCCAAAGCUUUUAAAAGUUAUUUCAUUAAUCACUUUCUUUAAAAAUAUUUAAACCAGUGCUUCUCAAACUCGGGUACUCAAGGUGCCAUGAUAAAAUCUUCAUGUAGCAUAAUUUAAUCAAUAUGUCCUACUUAAAUUUUAACUCUUAGGGGUUGUGAUUUGCUAUGUGCUGUCGGUAUCAUCAGUGUGUUCUUUGAUGAAUACAAGUUUGAGAAGCAUUGUCAUAGUCAAGUCUCUCUCUUCUCUUUCACCUCGCCAAGAUCUUGAUCAUUCAUUACAGACUCAUUGACUCUGUUUUACUAACGGAUUCUUUCCAAUUGAUACUGUGAAUUAAAAGCAUUUCAACUUGGACUUUCUUCUUGAGUGUCUUAUCAGUUAUCAGUACUUAGAUAACUUAUGUAUGAUAUUUUCCACUUAAAAAUUUUUUAAGGUGGCUUAUUCCUACUUAAUUUAUUUAUUUAUAUCAAAUGUUUUUAUUUAGAUAAUUUGAUUAAACUUAUUGAGAACACAUUUUUUUCAAAUAGUUUAGACUAGAUAUUCCAUCUCUUCUCGUAAAUAAUGUAAUGGUUGUCUAUAUUUGACCAUCCACAAAAAUGAUAAUGCCACAACAUUGUAAGUUAAGACACUAUACAUCAAGAGGAAUCAUUCAAAGAUAGAAAUAGUUUUUAAAUGCAGGAACAAUGCUUAAUGUUCCUUAAGGAGAGGACAGAGAAUAAAUGUUGUCGUUACGGUACAUUAAACAAGCUCCAGGAUAAAAAAAAAAGUAAUUUUAAAUAUUGUAUCAUAAAAAAAACAAAUAAAACUAAACAAACACAUGUUAUCAUUGCCAUAAAAAAUAUGUUG